UCAAUUAAAUUCCUUCAAGAUGUUGGGAAACUGAAGACUUUUUGUAAAUUAGUUUAACAGUACGGACUUGAAAUGAGGAAGAAAUCCAACGGCGGCUCGAACGAUCGACCAAAAUCAGGAAGGCAGUCAGUUUAUCAACGAGGAAGUCAGAGGGACGCUUCUCCACAUUAUGUACUUUUGUAUUCUGAUGAUGAACAGAGUGGAGACGAGGAAAAUAUUUCUUUACAAAAUCGAAGUCAAUCCCAUUCGUCGCCUCGAAAGGUGGAAGUUAUAAAAAUUCAGUUGCAACCUGACGAUACUUUGCCAGCACUUGCACUUAAAUAUCGAUGCACUGUUUCAGAGUUGAAAAGAAUAAAUAACAUCCACAAGGACAACGAAAUAUUUGCUCAUCGAUCAAUAAAAGUCCCAGUGCAGCCAUUUUCAAUUUUAACGGAAACGUUAAACAAAAUUCCAGAUGGGGAAGACAAGAAUUGCAUCUAUGAAUUAGAAAGUCCUUCCACAUUGAAGGAAGAAAAAAUUUUUAAUUUGGUAACAACUCCCAUAGUGGUUGCGCCACAGAGAUCGGAAAUUAACAACAUUAUACUAAACUCAAUAUUAGAACCAUUACCUACUAAUGAGACUUCCGAAAAUGUCGAGGACGCAGAAGAUGUCCAAUUGCUGAGUCCUUCUGAACGAGAAAAAACUCCAAAAGCUCAUUUAAAUGACACAUUUUCGUGUUCUGGUGCCGAUUGGGGAUUGUCCUGGCCUCAACUCUUAGGAGUUUCUCUGCUUCUGGGCCUUGCAGGGCCUAUUAUUUAUAUUUUCUAUAUAGCAGAUGCUUCCAAUCAUCAUUCUUCUUCCGGACACUAGUUUCAAGUCAAACCCAAAGGUGUCUACCUGACCGGAGAACUUGGAAUUUGAUUCAGUAACCGGGAUUUUUCAUUCAACUGUACUAUAAUAAACAUUAAAAGGGUUUCGUGUUUUAUUAGUUUCAGUAAACUCGUAUUUAUCUGAAAUUUUAAAUACAUUUUUUCUUAGUCAAAGAGAAAAUUGUAUGUUUUAAAAUAAAAAUAUUAAACCUGUAAUUAUGGUUUAUAGUAGGGGAUUUUGGAAGAGAUCUAUAAUUCUGGAUUUGAAAAGGAAAUUUUCUAAAAGAAUUAUAUAAGGCAUUGUUGGAAAUAAUUAUAAUUUUAAGAUAUAAAAUGGGAAUUUUAUGAAGAAUAGUUAGAAACCAGUUAGAAAAAAUCCAAAAUUGAUCAGGAGAAAACCGAAAAAUAUUCGUCUGGUAGACAAUGCUUUUCUAUUUGUACAUAAAAUGCAAUUGAAAUGUUAAACUUUUUAUAAGCUAAAAAAAAGGGAUACUAAACUCAAACUUCAUCCUUAUAAUAACGUAAUGCGUGCCUUAAAGUGCCUGAAUAGAGUCGAUAGUUUUAAGAAUUAUCUGUUCAUCGUUCUUAGCAUUCUCAAAAUAACAAACAUUGUAAUUUAAAAAAAUGUUGAAAAGAAUUUGUUAAUUCGUUGUUUAGCCAAUCGUUAUUUAGUCUAUUUAACUAUAAAAUAAUUGAGCACUUCUGAUUUUAAAUUUAAAUAUUAUAUGAAUGCUUCUUUCUUUAUAGAGGCUAGUAACAUUUCCGUUUUCAAUUACAUUUUUAUUAGCUUAGCUGUGAAUUAGUGCCAAAAGGAUUGUAAAUAAUCUGUAGAUAUAGCACUUUUGUAUUCACAAUAACCAGCUAAGAACAGUUUUGAUGAUUUACAACUUGUGAAUUUUCGAAACGAAAAUGUAUCAUCCGAGAAACCGUACGUGAGUUCUUAUUCUAAUAAAAUUUUAUCUGAUAAUUUUAAGAAAAGGUGUUUUUAUCUCCUCGAGGGCAGCUUUUCAUUUUGUGAUACAAUUUCCGAGAAUAUGUUACAACUCUAGUAAUGUAAAUGCGGAUAUUGAUAAAUUUUAUCAACUCUAUUUAUUAAUAAAUAAUAAUGCUUGCUAUUAACGAGUAUAUCGUUAAAUGCGUUUAAAGAUAAUCACUUUCUAGUUGAAAGCACUGUAUA